UCAAGAUAAAAGUUGUAGUACAUCCAUUUUCUUGUCUUGCAUUGGAAACAAGGCCAUGGGUUUCCUCAGAAACUCGUGUCAGCUUCCACUCUUCUUCCUAAUCGUCUUCCUGCUUUCUUCCUCUGCAACAGGGUUCAAGAGAUUCCGAAGAUCAAGAUUCAACCAUGAACCCGAAAUCACUACUUCUGCCCCUUCAAACGAUACCCAGACCCCCUAUUUUUACAACCAAACACUGGACCAUUUCAGCUACAAACCUGAAAGUUACAUAACUUUUCGACAACGAUAUGUGAUCGAUUACAAGUACUGGAACGGAGCCAAUGCCCCAAUCUUUGUGGAUUUUGGUGGAGAAUGGAAUAUUGGCAAUGCUCCAUCCAAUGGGUUUCUCACAGCAAUUGGUCCUCGUUUCAAGGCUUUAAUAGUCUUCCUAGAGCAUCGAUUCUAUGGGCAGUCAAUACCAUUGGGAUCAAUGGAAAAAGCAAUGAAAAAUACUAGUGUUCAGGGUUGUUUCACUACAGCGCAAGCCCUAGCAGAUUAUGCGGCCAUUAUUCUUCAUCUGAAAGAGACAAUACCUGCUGCUGAGAGCUCUCCCGUAAUUGUCUUUGGCUGCUCUUAUGCUGGCAUGCUUGCUGCAUGGUUCCGGCUCAAGUAUCCCCACAUCGCCUAUGGUGCUCUAGCUUCGUCAGCUCCUGUUCUCUACUUCGAUGGCUUUGCACAACAAGUUGGUUAUUACACAAUUGUCUCCAAGGAUUUCAAUGCAACUAGUCGGAGUUGCCAUGAAACCAUUAGAAAAUCAUGGGAGGAAAUUGACCUAAUUGCUUCCAGGCCUGAUGGCCUCUCAAUUCUCGGGCAGAAAUUCAGAACUUGCAGUGAAUUGAAGAAAAGCUUUGAUUUGAAGGACUACUUAGACUCAAUCUAUGCUGAAGCAGCACAAUACAAUGAACCCCCGCGUUACCCCCUAACCACUCUCUGCCGUGCCAUUGACGGAGCAGCCGAAGGAACUGAUGUCCUCGGCCGGAUAUUGGCCGGAGUUGUUGCUUUCGUAGGAAACCAGUCGUGCUAUGACAUGGAUGAAUACAACGAGCAAACUGAUACCUCUCUCGCAUGGGGUUGGCAGACAUGUAUGGAGAUAGUGAUGCCCGUAGGGCAUGAGGUAAAUGAUACGAUGUUCCAGUUUGCACCAUUCGAUCUAAGCAGCUACGUAAAUGACUGCGAGAAGUUGUAUGGUGUACAGCCUCAGCCUCAUUGGAUCUCCACUUAUUUUGGAACCCAUGAUUUCAAGUUUACUCUCCAUAGAUUUGCCAGCAACAUUAUUUUCUCAAACGGCCUAAGCGACCCUUACAGCAGCGGCGGGGUGUUGGAGAAUAUUUCAGAUAGUGUUGUUGCAAUCAAUACAGUAAAUGGAUCUCACUGCUUGGAUUUACGUCCAGCGGAGGAAAGUGACGAUCCAGAGUGGUUGAGGAUUCAACGAGAAAAUGAAGUCGACACAAUUCAAGGGUGGAUCUCACAGUACUACAGUGAUCUAAAGUUCAGAGGUUAAUCUCGAGCUUCAUCUAUACAACCAAUCUAAGUUUGUGUGAGAUACUAAAUAAAGUUGUAAAAUAAAAGCAUAAGUAGUAGCUUUGUUCCUUUCUCUCUUGUUUUGCGUUUGUCUCUCUAGCAUGUAAUGAAGUGGUUUGGGUUUUGUAAUCUAGUGUGUGCUCGGACUAUCUUAUCUUUAUGUAGAUGUCGUAUGAUUUUGAUGUAUUUUAUGUUACCUAAGUUUGAUUUUUAAAUGUUAAUUUUGAAGAAAAUAAUUUGUACACU